UUCGUGUGUUCUGUGCAGGUAAUAUUUAGUUUUCGAUAUGGAAAUUGAUAACGAAAAAUUGAUUAGUGCCGUUCGUGAAAAGCCUCGGUUGUGGAACAUGAAAGACAAAAGGUAUCAUUCUCGUGAUGUUCAGAGGAAAUUGUGGUCGAAAGUUGCAGACGAAGUAGGUGUUACUAAUAAUGUGAACGAAGUAAAGAAAAAGUGGAAAGGACUGCGCGAUGUAUUUAGAAGAGAAUAUAAAAAAUUCCAUAAAUCAGGAGAUGAGGCGGCGGAGGAAGGUUCCUCUUCAUGGACUUUCUUCGACCAGAUGCUGUUUCUCUCCGACAUAAUUGAGCCACGACAGCUGAAGGAAAAUGUUGCCUCGCCCGAAAGAACAUUUUCUCGAAAUAAUGACGGAGACGAUAUUGCCGAUGAAGAUGAUUUGCCUGAUAUGGAAUCACCACAAGCAGUUGUCACUGACAAAGGAGAACUCAAUAUGUCAUCGAGCGAAACCAGUAAGAUGGAACCCCCAGUACCUGCAAGCAAUCAUCAGACGCGUAGAAAACAGCAUGAUACACAACCAGGUAAUGCUGACGUUCGUCCUGCUGGUCCUCCAAUAACACCUAGAACUAGCAAUCUUAAACUUAAAAAAAAUACACCAGCAGACAUCACGGUUGACGAUAAAUUUCUAGAAAUCGAGAGGGCUAAGUUGCAGUUAUUUACUGAACAUGCUAACAAAGAAGGAGACAGCGACUAUCAGUUUUUGAUUAGUCUUCUUCCAUAUCUAAAAAAAGUUCCAGAACACCGCAAAUUGCAUGCAAGAAAUAAACUUCAGCAAGUUCUUAUUGAUGAAGGAGAGCAAUACCACAGAUCCCCGCAUACCCCAUCGACCUACACAACAACACCGGUACCCUCGCCUUGCACCAGCGAAACCGGUGGACCCUCAUGGACGAUUGAAACGUCGAACUCAUCUGCAGACCAGAUUAAUACAGGUUUGCGAGAAUAUUUCGGGAACUUAGAAGAUAUAAAAUUGAAACUGGCAACAAGAAAACAACUUUCUAACGUCAUGUAUGGAAAAGAGGCUUUGGGACCAGGCCCGUUGAUAUCAGAUAUCAAACCGAAAACGAAACAUUUUCAAAACUCUUAUACCUUAUAUAUUUUUAUCAUGUCACUAUAACAUCAUCCAUUGGUCACUUUCGAAAAUAAAACGCACGCGUUUGUAAGCUUUGCAAUCGUAAUCCUCGUUUGCAUAAAUUGGAUUACUUGAGGCACGGGUGCAUGUGGGGAUUCUCAAAUUUCUCAUACCAG